GAACCAUCUGUGCGAACGACACAACCUUCCUAAUUUGGCACGUGGUGCAUACCAUUAUUGAUCUCGAUCUGCGUAAUUAUAAUUCUCUUCCCUUAACGCUCACCUCACCUCUCUAAGCCCACAUCCUCUCGGGACCUUACAAAAUACUCUUAUUCCGGAGCAAUGGCACCCAAAAACAAAGGAAAGAAGGGAAAGAAGCAGGAUGAUGACGAUUUCUGGGAGAAUGCUGGAACCUCGGUCGCAGGGAACAACGCUAGUGACCCAUUAGCAGGAGAUGCAUCUGAUGGGGAUCUUCCGAAAGGAAAGAGUAAAGUUGGAUUCUCAGCUUUCGCUGCAAUUGGGCUUCAGGACGAAGAGCCGGUGGAGGAAGAGGAGGAUUUCGGCGGGCUGAUGUCCGUGCUUAAAGCCAACUCGACUAAAACCAAGAAGGACAAAAAGAAGGCGAAGAAAUCGUCACCAUCAACGCCUUCAGAACCUCCAUCAGUGUCCUUUGUUGAUGGACCACCGCCGGGUGAGGGUUCUGAUACUGAAGCUGCCGCGGCCAAGGGCGACAUUAGUGCAGCGAAGGCACCGGUCCAGAUGACGGCGGAAGAGUUGGCUGAGGAAGAGUGGGGUCCAGUCAAGGAGAAGGGCAAGAAGGGCAAGAAAGCCAAAGGAAAGAAGGGAAAGAAAGACGAAGAUGAGGAGGAGAAGGAGGACGAGGGCGUUAAGCCAGCACCUGCCUUAGAGUCUAUACCAUCGAAUGAGGGGAAAGAUGAGGAGGAGGCUGGUGAGGAUGGCGAUCCUAAAGUUCUAUCAAAGAAGGAGAAGGAGAGGCUAAAGAAGGAACGAGAAAAGGCCAAGAAGAAAGCUCAGGCUGCCGCUAAGAAGCAACCGGUUGGUGGUGCAGAGUCACCAGCUGCAGCGGAAGAGCCAAAACCUGCCGAGUCCACGCAGGAACAGAAAGACGAGGGUGAAGAUGAGGAGGGUGAAGGUGAGGGUGGCGCAGCAAAGUCUGAUAAGAAGAAAAAGAAGAAGAAAGCGAAGAAGGAGGAAGAGCCUGCACCUGCAUUUGUGGCCGGGAAGAAGAAGGGUCCCGCUGGUAUCAGUGCAUUAAAGGCGCUGAUGGAGGAGAAGAAGAAGCUCGAGGAGGAGGCUAGGAGACUGGAGGAGGAGGAGCGGAAACGGAUUGAGGAGGAAGAAAGGAGGGCCGAAGAGGAGGCAAAACGGAAAGAGGAGGAGAAGCAGAGGAGGAAGGAGAAAGAGAAGGCCAAACGAGAACUGGCGAAGAAGGAAGGUCGUCUGCUCACCAAGAAGCAGAAAGAGGAGCACAGAGCUGCUGAAUUACGAAAGCAAGCCCUUCUCGCAUCCGGCGUUCAGAUCGAGGGUCUUCAACAACACACCGGGGCGCCUUCCGGUCCUAAGAAAGUUGUAUACGGUGCUCGAAAGAAAAAGACUACUACGCCUUCAUCUGUCGCUGGUACUGCAAGUGGUCCCGGAACUCGCGAACCAUCGCCUGUUCGUGCUGAACAACCGCCACCUCCCACUGCUAAAGAAGAAGUUGCGGCUCCUGCAGCCGCCGAGGAGGUGGAAGGCCUUAAGAGUGAUUGGGAGGCUAGCAGUGAGGACGAGGCGAAGAAGAAGCUUGAAGGUGUCAAAGACUCUUGGGACGAGAGCAGUGAUGAGGAGUCGAAAGCGAAGAAAGCCAAGCCUGCUCCAUCUAAGGCCAACGGUGGUGCGAAGGCGGAAAUCAAAACCAAAGUUGCCCCUCCUGCUCCUGAGAAAGCUGCUCCCUCUCCCCCUCCUGCCAAAGUGGCUGCUAUAUCAGCUCCAGCGAAGAAGGACGAAGAAGAGUCUGAGGAAGAGUCUGAGGAGGAGUCCGAAGAAGAGGAGUCUGACGAAUUUGAGUCCGAAGAGCCUUCAUCCGAGGAGGAGUCCGACGAAGCUAUCUCCAAGACUCAGCGUAUGCUGGCACAGAAGAAAGCUGAAGCUGCAGAACGACGUGCAAAAGCGCGCGAAGCUGCUCUUGCUGCUCGAAGCAAGGAUAACCUCCGAAGUCCCAUUUGUUGUAUCUUGGGACAUGUCGAUACCGGUAAGACGAAGCUCUUGGAUAAGAUCCGUCAAACGAAUGUCCAAGAAGGUGAGGCUGGAGGUAUCACGCAGCAAAUCGGUGCCACCUACUUCCCCGUGGAGGCGAUUGAGCAGAAGACACUUGUUAUGAACAAGGACGGCAAGCAAGAGUACAAUAUUCCUGGUCUUCUUGUUAUCGAUACUCCUGGACACGAAUCCUUCACGAACUUGCGUUCGCGUGGAAGUUCCCUGUGCAACAUCGCUAUCCUUGUCGUCGAUAUCAUGCACGGCCUUGAGCCUCAAACACUUGAGUCACUACGACUUCUCCGUGACCGCAAGACUCCAUUCAUCGUCGCAUUGAACAAGAUCGAUCGUAUGUAUGGCUGGGAAGCGAUACCGGACAAUGACUUCAGGAGUUCGCUUGCCCAUCAGAAGCGUCCUGUGCAACGUGAAUUCGAGGACCGUGUGCAGAAGACGAUUCUUGCAUUCGCCGAACAGGGUCUCAACGCUGUUCUCUACUAUGACAACAAGAACUUUGCUCGUAAUGUCUCCCUGGUCCCGACAUCCGCUAUCACUGGCGAGGGUGUACCUGACAUGAUUAUGCUACUCGUCAACCUGACGCAGCAGCGUAUGAGUGAUAGACUAAUGUACCUCUCUGAGCUUGAGUGUACCGUUCUGGAGGUCAAGGUCAUUGAAGGUCUUGGUACAACUAUUGAUGUCGUCCUUUCAAACGGUAUCUUGCACGAAGGCGAUAGGAUUGUAGUCUGCGGUCUGAAUGGGCCUAUUGUCACUCAGAUCCGUGCACUGCUAACGCCGCAACCACUUCGUGAGCUCCGUAUCAAGUCUGCCUACGUGCAUCACAAAGAAGUCAAGGCUGCACUUGGUGUUAAGAUUGUUGCACCUGAUCUGGAGAAGGCUAUCGCCGGUUCUCGUCUUCUAGUGGUUGGUCCUGACGACGACGAAGAAGAACUUAUGGACGAAGUCAUGUCCGACCUCACCACCCUGCUGAACUCGAUUGAUAAGUCAGGCAGAGGUGUCUGCGUCCAAGCCAGUACCCUUGGUUCUCUCGAAGCCUUGCUUGACUUCCUCAAGGUCAGCAAGAUUCCUGUCUCUGGUAUCAACAUUGGUCCUGUGCACAAGAAGGACGUUAUGCGUGCAGCGUCGAUGUUAGAGAAGGCUAAAGAAUUGGCGUGUAUUCUUUGUUUCGAUGUUACCGUUGACAAGGAAGCCGAGCGGCUAGCAGAGGAGAUGGGUAUUCGUUUGUUCAAGGCUGACAUUAUUUACCACUUGUUCGAUGCCUUCACCGCCUACAACAACGAGAUUGCGGAGGCGAAGCGCAAGGAUGCAGCUCCUCAAGCUGUUUGGCCUUGCCGACUGAAGAUCAUUGCCUGCUUCGCCAAGCGUGACCCCAUUAUCCUUGGUGUGGACAUUCUCGAUGGUACCCUUCGUGUCGGUACACCUCUGUGUGUCAUCAAGGUAGACCCUGUGACCCAGAAGAAGGACAUCAUCGACCUCGGCAAAGUGACUUCGUUGGAGAUCAACCAUAAGGCAUUUGAUAUCGUGAAGAAGUCUCAAGCCGGAGGCGGUGUCGCUGUUAAAAUCGAGCACGCCGUAUACCAGUCUGCAAAGAUGUUCGGUCGCCAUUUCGACGACAAGGAUGAGCUUUACAGUCAUAUUACCCGACAGAGUAUCGAUGUUCUCAAGACAUCCUUCAAGCAGGAUGUGUCGACCGAGGAAUGGCUGCUCAUCAAGGCACUCAAACCUCGUUUGAACAUCCAAUGAGCGUGCGGCUGGUUAUCGUUUACACGGACAUGUCGUUUCGGAGUUGCUAACUUGCUAUCAAUCGUUUACAUAAGCACAUGUAUUUUACCCCCACUCGCAAAGUUCUUUCCUCGUCCCUUUCGACGUCUGAACUUGUUUUCCCUCUGUUCCAACAAUCUUCUUGCACUAUUGUGCUCCUCAAAAAGACCCUCGAUCGUUGCCAAAUUCAUAAUGCAGCCAGAUUUCGAUGAACCGCCUGUAAUCGUGAGGGACGCCGAGGACGCCUCAUCUAUUGAUGAGGACGAAGCCCAACUGGUAAUGGCGCAGGCAUGCGCUGGGACUGUGUAGCUAUGCGGGCAAUGAGGGUUGCUGGUGACUUUACCUUCG